UACAAGUCCUGGCAGCCUUAUUGGCUAGGAACUGCAUAUUUUACACACCAAAAGGAUAGCCAAGGACUCCUUACCAGGGGUGGACUGACAACUCAUGGGGCCCCCAGCAAUAGGGGAUCAUGGGGCCCCUGUGUCCUUGCCCAAACUCAAAAAAAGCCUAUGAAAAAGGUACCAGGGCAUCUCAUGGGGCCCCCUACUGACCCUGGGCCCUCGGGCAGUGCCCCAGUUUCCAAAUGGUCAGUCCGCCCCUGC